GAACUCUCGGUUCGCGAUUAUAAAAUACACUGCGAAACUUGUUUCCUAGACAUGGCGAAAAUCAUUAUUUUUCUGCUGGCGAUUUGUUACUUUUUACCAUCUCACGAAGGCGCGAAAAUCAACAAUCACAUAAAAGUUUUGGAAGCGUACAAAUCCAUCUAUUAUGAUCCUUCGACAAACUUGACAUUGCCAUCCGAAAUUGAGGACGCCGGACGAUUUCCAUUUACGAGAAUCGGAUUUCGUGGCUUACCGUGUGCCUGCGAAGAUUCAUCCUGCGGAUGCUGCGCCGGUAUCAAUAUUACCAGAAUAAAAUUCGAUCAAACGGCGUGUGCCAACUUCACCUACGACCCACAGGACCUUGCUCUAAGAAUACAACUCUCUAUGAACGAUAGAAAUGUUCUGACCAGCAUGUUGUCUGCCAAAAAUCCCCCGCCGAUAUGCGCCCCGCUCCCCUGGAUCCCAGCACUGGAAAUCUGCCUCAGGUUUCACGACUUAACGAUGCCUGCGAAGAACAAACUUCAGGGUUGCGUAGAUUUAGAGACGAGAUUCGUCCAUUCGCCAGUUUUGGUUUUGCACUUUGACUGCCUCCAAAUCGGUACGGAUGGCAUAGCGUGGGUAAAACCAGACGAGGUUGGCGGCGGAUCAGCACCGAUGAUCGAUUAUCCCGACCCGGAGCCUUCUGAACCGGAAACGUACGACGAAGUCGAGUUCGAAUCCAGCGAAGCUGCGGAAUCUCCGGGGACCGGAAGCACAUCCCUCACUCCCGAGGGGGACGACCAAAUCGGCCAACUCAAAUUGUAA